AUGGCUGCGUACGGUCUAUCUGCAACGGAUCAUGUCUUUGGCACCAUUAGCCCAAAGAAAAGGAGCUCCAUCCGAUUCCUCCCUCGUUGUCGUCGAAAAUGGGCUAUUCUUAUCUUCACAAUCUUCUUGUAUAUUCUUCUUCAGCAUCUUCCUUCUGCUCCGCAGUUCGGAAACGAUGCGAGAGUGAAUCGACCGCCGCCAAAGUAUGAUGUGGAGACGACCCCUCGGUUUCUCUACCAUUCACCGUUCCGCCAGAGUCCAAACCACACAUUUGAGUCUGAGGUAUCAAACGCGCUGCUGCUGAUUGAGAAAGCGACUCUGUCGUUGAAAGGGGAAAGUAUUGUCGCGAAGCAGAGAAUCUGGCAGGCUGGCCUCGGAUUGAAAGAACGAAGCGAAGACUCAAGAGUAUUUGAGCAUGAGAACAGUGAUUGGGAAUUUCAGGUGGUGACAGAUGACUGGGCUGUUGCAUUCAUAAGAAGGACCCUCACUGUUGUUCCAUGUCUCUGGAAACUUUACACAUCGUAUCCGUAUAAUGUACUCCGUGUAGACUUGCUCCGUUACCUCCUGCUAUGGUAUUAUGGGGGCUACUAUGCUGAUAUGGACGUCUUCCCCGCUCGGUCCAUCAAUUCAUGUCCAGCUCUACAGCAGCAUUUCUCUGAAGAAGCUGGUAAUGUUUCUCUUAUCCUGGGUAUCGAGAUCGAUGAGCCUUAUGCUUCACCCCGCUUGAUGCGAGAAUGGCAUUGGAGCCGUAGCUACGGAUUUAUUCAAUAUACCAUGCGCGCCCCUCGUCGGUUCAGUCCGCUGCUAAGCGAAGCGAUUGUCCGUGUGCUAGCACAUACCAAGCAGCACCUUGAACAAAGCAGCAUGUUUCACGGUCCCAGAUACGACGAAACAACGAUUCUUGAGAUCACAGGUCCAGGUGUUUUCACUGAUGCAAUCCUUGACCAUCUCUCAGCUACCUUGCCACCAACUGUGUUGCCAGUUAGCGUCUGGGGGAACGGGCAAAGACAUAGUGGUGCUGAGGGCUUUGACAGCACUCAAGCAUGUAUCAACAAUCGGUUUGGGAAGAGUUGGAAGAAGGGCUGGUGGGAAUACCUCUUUGGUUAA